AUGGAUUCUCCUGCCGCCGUCUCUCUCCUCACCUUUUCACCUGUAGAAAGCAACGAUCUUAAAGGCUGUGACGAAACACCAAAAAUUCCUGACUCCUUCCUCUUCCAAAAGCAAUCUCAUGUUCCCGAUUCAUUCAAAUGGCCAGAACAAGAUGCGAUUCUCUCUCACGGCGAGCUGGAAGAGCCCUUGGUUGAUCUGAAAGGCUUCCUUCUUGGUGACGAUCAAGAGGAAGCACGUCGUGCUGCCGAUACUGUCAGAGCCGCUUGCUUGAGCCACGGGUUUUUCCAAGUGAUCAACCACGGAGUCGACCCGAGUCUCAUUCGCGAUGCUCACGAUAGUGUCGGUUCCAUCUUCAAGAUGAGGCGCGGCGACAAGCUCGGGGCUCGAAAGAAGCCGAACUCCCCGUGGGGUCAUUCGAUAGCUCACAAUGAUCGGUUCUCUUCGAAAUUGCCAUGGAAGGAAACCUUCUCUUUUGGCUACCGUGAGAGCUCUCCAGAUUCUGUGGUUAGCUUCUUCAAGUCCACCUUAGGGAUGGAUUUUGAACCAGCAGGGAAAGUAUACCAGAAAUAUUGUGAAGAGAUGAAGAAAUUGGCUCUUUCGAUCACGGAGCUAUUGGCCAUAAGCUUGGGACUCGAUAGGUCUUACUAUAGAGGCUUCUUCGAAGAUGGAUGCUCCAUAAUGAGGUGCAACUCCUACCCUCCUUGCCAGGAGCCGAGCCUUGUUCUCGGAACCGGUCCUCACUGCGAUCCAACAUCCCUCACCAUACUUCACCAAGAUCAAGUUGGAGGUCUCGAAGUGUUCGUCGAGGACAAGUGGUACAAAGUGCGACCUCGCGCUCAUGCCCUAGCGAUCAACAUCGGCGAUACUUUCGCGGCUUUGACAAACGGUAUAUACAAGAGCUGCGUGCACAGAGCGGUGGUGAACCGGCACAGAGAGAGGCGGUCGUUGGCCUUUUUCCUGUGCCCGCCGGAAGACCGGGUGGUCACGCCAGCGCCCGAUCUCGCCCCUGGAGGGACGAGGAAGUACCCAGAUUUCACCUGGUCGGACCUACUCCAGUUCACCCAGAAGCACUACCGAGCCGAUCAGUCCACCUUGCCCAAGUUCACGGAGUGGUUUCUCUCUCUGCAGUCUUGA